GACUCCGAAUAUAUCCAAGAUGAACUCGAUGAGAUUCUCGCUAAUCACGAAUACGAGAUGUCUGUUGUUCAUCAGGGUAGCUAUCUCGGCUCAUGGAUGGCUUGUUUCAAGGGAAAGCUCUCUCAGCCCUCAUCCAGCGCCCGUCGCACUACAAUUGGCAUCUUCAUGCAGGCUAUGCAGCAGCUGACUGGCAUCAACUUUAUCUUUUACUUCGAUCCAGUCUUCUUCCAGCAGCUUGGCUCUAUUAGCGAUCCCUUCCUCAUCUCUCUCGUCACAACUCUUGUCAACGUGCUAUCCACCCCUGCCUCGUUCGUCAUGGUCGAGAAGAUUGGAAGACGGCCUCUCCUUGUCUUUGGAGCUGCUGGCAUGGUUAUCAUGCAGUUCAUCGUCGGAGCUAUCGGAGCCACCGCUGGCAGAAACACCGCCGACCAUCCUGCCAACCCGAAUACCACCAGAGCUAUGAUCGCAUUCAUUUGUUUGAACAUUUCCGUCUUCGCUACCACCUGGGGAUCGUGCGCCUGGAUUGUGAUCGGGGAAAUAUUUCCUUUGACUAUUCGAUCUCGCGGCGUCGGUCUCUCCACGGCUAGUAACUGGUUCUGGAACUGUAUCAUCGGUAUCAUCACCCCUUACCUCGUUGCCGACCGUGAUGACUCUGCUCGUAUGGGAUCAAAUGUCUUCUUCCUGUGGGGCUCGCUCUGCUGCGUUUCCUUCCUUUUCGCCUACUUCUUUGUUCCCGAAACUAAAGGUCUUACGCUUGAGCAAGUCGACAAGAUGUUGGAGGAGAGCACCCCUCGCACCUCCCGCAAAUGGAAGCCUCACAGUACCUUCGCUGGUGACAUGAACCUCGCUGAUAAGCAUAUCGAGAUUCCUCUUGAGAAUCUCACCACCAAACACGAGACCACU